UGCUCCGGCGCGCAGCUACGCGACCUGCCCGGAGUUCCGCGUCCUCCGCCGGGACGCGGGGCGACCUCGGGCCAGCUGUCUGACCGCUCAUUGCCUCCCUUUCUUCCGCUACGAAAUGGGGCUGAUGACGUACUCAGUCUCGUAGGCGUCGCGUGAGGCUGAAACGCGCUUAGAUCGGCGCUUGGGUCUUGACUGGGAUGUCUCUCUUGGAAUUACCGCUAUGCAGUGAACAAGUGGUGGGCGACCAAAAUGUCCCCUUUACUCCUCCCACGUGCUUUAUUCUGUGCUCCCAGUUUACUGAGGAGAUGAUGGAGACCCAGGGAGGGGAAGUGACUUCCCUAGGAUAACACAGCACGGACAAGAAAGAAGGAAGCCUGCGACCGGCCCCACCAAUCCUGGCAGCGCCAAGAAGAAGGAGAAGAGAGUUCAAGGUGGAAGAGUGGUUGAGUCCCGAUACCUGCAGUAUGAAAAGAAGACAGCCCAAAAGGCUCCUGCAGGAGAUGGGUCACAGACCCGAGGGAAGACGUCUGAAGGUGGAAGGAAACCCAGCCUGCUCCAGAAAAGCAAAGCAGAUAGCAGUGGGGUUGCAAAGGGGGACCUGCAGUCCACGUUGCUGGAAGGGCAUGGUACAGCCCCACCUGACCUGGAUCUCUCUGCCAUUAAUGACAAAAGUGUCAUCAGAAAGACGCCACAGUUAGCAAAAACAAUACCAAAGAAACCUGACUCAACAUCGUUUUCUGCCCCUCGGAAAAAGAGCCCAGAUUUAUCUGAAGCAAUGGAAAUGAUGGAGUCUCAGACACUGCUGCUGACACUACUGGCUGUAAAGAUGGAGAACAAUCUUGCUGAGUUUGAAAGAAGGGCAGAAAAGAAUUUAUUAAUAAUGUGUAAGGAGAAGGAGAAGCUACAGAAAACGGCCCAUGAGCUGAAACGCAGGCUUCUCCUCUCUCAGAGGAAGCGGGAGCUGGCAGAUGUCCUGGAUGCCCAGGUCCAGAUGCUCAGCCCCUUUGAGGCUGUGGCCAAACGCUUCAGGGAGCAAUACAGGACGUUCGCCACAGCCCUGGACACCACCAGGCAUGAGCUGCCUGUGAGGUCCAUCCACCUGGAGGGAGACGGGCAGCAGCUCUUAGACGCUCUGGAGCGUGAACUGAGGACCACUCAGCGUCUCCUGGGAGAACUUGACGUUGGCAAUUCGGAAGAAAAUGUGCAGGUGCUAGACUUACUGAGCGAACUCAAGGACGUGACAGUGAAAAGGGACCUCGAGCUCCGAAGGAGUUUCGCCCAGGUGCUGGAACUCUCCGCAGAGGCGAGCAAAGAGGCGGCCUUGGCAAACCAGGAAGUCUGGGAAGAGACUCAGGGCCUGGCGCCUCCUAGCCAGUGGUAUUUCAAUCAAGAUACCACCUGCGGAGAAUCUCAGGGAGCACCCAAGAACACGCCCCGGUUUGAGGACGAUACCCCUGGUGCCUCGUCAGCCCCUACUCAGGCCAUGUUCAUCAGCCCAAGGGAAGACGUUUCUUCAAGCAGCCAAGGAGCAGCCACGUCCUCUGCCACUCACUCAGGGAGGGACUUGGGGUGACUCGUGACAUUCAGGACACUUGAGCACUUUAUACACUACCCUAGCACUGGAGCUGUUUUUUUAAUGUGAUAAUCUUGUUUAAUCCUUAAAAAAUAAACCCGUUUUGCAGUUGAA